AUGACGCAGAACUUGGUGAAAGACUUGGAAGACCUUGCAGAACACGAAGCACCUACCGACUUCGUCUCAGCCUUGGAUACCUAUCUUCAAAGAUAUGUGAAGGAAAACAGAGACCUGGAAGAGCUUGCAAAGCACUGGGACUUUGGCAUGCUGGCGGAGCGUUCACCCAGAAAGCCAGGCUAUAUCGUGAAGAGACGAUUCAGGCUUUCUGAAGCUGCAGAGAGGGGAAGAAGGGUCUGUGGCCUUGAGGAGAUGACCCAAAAAGGCGUUUUUGGAAAGCGCCAAAAACGCAACCCCCAGUGCGAACAGGUUGGCAAGUUGUACCAACUGGCAGGUGCCAAGUGGUUAUCCUUGCGCAUGAAAGAACUGAACGGUAGUGGGACCAAUGUCGAGCGAGACUGGGACUGGUGGUUUCAGAAGGAGGCGGAAGACGCAUUCAAACGUCUACCGGAAGAGGCAGCCUUAGGCGAGAGUGCCAGCGGAGCUUCCAAGAGAAGGAAAACAGCUGCUACCGACCUCGAGGCUGAAGAUGUGGGAUCAAUCCUUACGCGCACUGCGGACGCCUCCUCUUCUGGGGUCGUCUCCACCCUUGCAUCCGCUGCUGACAGCACACAAACUGCCAUCGACGCCUCGGUUGCCAAUGCUACUACCUUGGGUACCGCGUUCUCCGCCGAGAGAGAAACUGUAUCCACAAGGACGGAGAUUGGUUCAACUGGUGCGAGUACAACCCGGAUCCCUAUCGAGAACUUGCUGGAAAAUCCCAAAACGACGACAUCCUCCAGAUUGGAAAAAUGA